AUGCAGGCAGAACCGACGGAGGAGAAGGGGAGCAAGGACGAGGCCAAGGACGACGCCAAGGACGACGCCAAGGACGACGCCAAGGACGACGCCAAGGACGACGCCAAGGACGACAGCAAGGACGACAGCAAGGACGACAGCAAGGACGACAGCAAGGACGACAGCAAGGACGACAGCAAAGGGCGAGAAGGGGUGGAGGUGGAAGGGCGGUCAGGGGAAGUGAAGACAGAUGAUGUGCCAGCAGAACAGCCGGGAGGAAAUUUUGAAGAGCCUCCGAAGGAUGGAUCAAAAGAUAGAGCGAAGGAGGAGGAGAUUAGUGGCCAGAAGGAGGAGGAAGUUAACUCUCUGAAGGAUGAACAGAAAGGCACGGAGCCUCCUCAGAUCAAUGCACCCAUAGAAAGCGCCAGGGACGAGGAAGCUGCGAAACGAGCUGCUGUAGAAGAUGGAGGAGUAGAGUCGGAUGAGGCCAGCGCCAAGUCGCAGAGGGAGAGGCAGGCAAGUGUUGGGAGUGUGGGAGGGAUGAAGGCUACCCCGCCUGAGUCCUUGCAAGGAGGGCACCAAAUGAGGUCGAACUCGAUUGAGCACGCAGGUGAGAUUAAAGAUAGCAGCAUGCAGGAAGCGCCGUCGGGUCGUGCAGAGGAGAAGGAGAGUGAGCAGAAGGCGGCGAACAGAGACCCUGCUCGUAACGCUGAGGGAGGGGCCGGGCAGCACAAAAGCAACCCGCUGCUCAGUCCCCCGCCCACUGGCGCUGCCAAGUAUGCGAGGGGUUCUGACCUGUACCAAGACAAGUACGACAAGUUCAGUGUGGCAGAGAUCAUCUCGUUAUACUGCCGACAUCUGUUCGAGGCUGUUGGGUUCGAGCUUGCGGAGACGCGGCUGAAGCGUCUCAAGGAGCUUUCCCGCGAACUGUCGCACACAAACAAGUACAAGGCCCUCUACCAGCGCAGGCCAGAAGUCUGGCACUCCCUCAAGGCGCUAGGAGACCCGCUGAUCGAUGCCGAGUACAGGCAGGAGGACGGGACCAGCGCCAGGGACUGCAAGAUCUACCAAGACGCCGUCCGGUGCUGCGCUGCGCUGAGGGAUGUGAGUGUGGAGAAAGACUUUUAUUAUGAGAGCUUGCUACUCGACCUGCAGAAGCUCGAGAGCUCGCUGAAGAACAUCUACGGCGAGCUGGCCAUGGAGCGGCAGCGGCACGACGUGCUUCGUGCGGUGCUGAGCGCGCAGAACGCUGCCCGGCUGCAGCUGGACGUCCAGGCCCUCGGGGCGGCCAAGGACUUGCUGGAGAUGUCGGUGGCGAUGAAGGUGGUGGAGGUGCUGCGGAAGCUGGAGGAGGAGGAGAUGAGUAAGGAGAGUCUUCAGAAGAAGAUGGAGAAGGUGAAGCAUGAGUCCGAGCAGCUCAAGGACAAGAUCCGCGAGCUGGACUCGGAUGCGCUCAGGAAGGCGGAUACGAUCCUGGACCUCAAGAAGAAGCUGACGGAGGCGCAGCAGCAGAAGAAGAACGCGCUGGAGCGAGCGACGGAGGCAGAGGCGAAGGUGGAGCAGGAGAGGAGGAUCCUGUCGUCGAUCCGGGAGGCCCUGGCGGGGAUGAAGGCGCAGAACGAGGCGCUGAUGAAAGAGGUCGAGUACCUGAAGCAGCAGGUGGAGAAGGUGCAGGAGUACAGGGACAAGACCGUGCAGCUGGAAACAGAGCUGGGGGAGGCGCAGGCAGCCAUCGACUCUGCGCUAAGGUCGAGGGAGCAGGCGUACGCGGAGGUGGCGAUGGAGAGGGAGAUGAGGAGGAAGGGGGACGGGUACGUGCUGGAGAUGAAGGAGGAGGUCCAGAGGGCGCGUGCGACGUUCGCGGGGCUGGAGGAGAAGAUCAGGGAUGUGGAGCUGAGCAAGGCGGGGCUGAAGCAGGAUCUUGAGCAUGAGAGGGUAUGGAGGCAGGAAUGGAACGCUGUGAGGGACAAGGUCGGGGAGGCUGUGCAGCGACUGUACGUGGCGGACCCGAGGAACGUGGUCGAGGAACGAACGCACCAGAUCAUGGCGAUACUCCAGGAGAGGAUCGCGAGCGAGAGCAUGGCGAGGAGUCAGGUGGUCGACUUGGAGGACAAGCUGCACCGGGAGCAGGGACAUCGGCUCAUGCUCGAGCGGCGGCUGGCGACGCUGCAGGCGCAGGUGGUGGAGAUGAGGGUCAGGGCUGCGAGGGGGGAGAUGCCGCUGGAGGAUGAGAGUCUGGGGUCGCUGGGGGAUGGGGAGGACGAGAAGAAGCCGAGGAAGCAGAGGGAUCAGGAGAUGCUCGUUAGCAAGUUCGGGCCGAGCAAGAUCCCGCGAGCACCUGGUGAGUUGUAG